GCGCAAACAUGGCCUCUGACACUCUGAUUCCCGACACGCGAGUACUUGCCAUCGCCAGCCACGUGGUACACGGCUAUGUCGGCAAUAAAAUGGCAACGUUUGUCAUGCAGUCGCUAGGUUGCGAUGUGUCCGCGAUCAACACGGUACACUACAGCAAUCACACGGCGUACAAGCAGACCAAGGGCACAAAGACGUCAGCGGCUGAGAUUCUCGAGCUCUACGAAGGCCUCCGUCAGUCGAACCUCAGCAACUUUGACGUGCUCCUGACGGGAUAUGUGCCGAGCGCCGAGGCGGUACAAGCGAUAGGAACUAUUGGGAGGGAUAUCAAGUUCAAUGCGGGCACGAAGCCAGGCAGCUUUUUCUGGGUGCUUGACCCGGUCAUGGGAGACAACGGCAAGCUAUACAUUCCCGAGGAUGAAGUGCCAGAGUACAAGGCAUUGCUACGCGAGGCAGACCUCAUCCUACCCAACCAGUUCGAGGCAGAACUACUCUCAGAGACGCCCAUCACGGACCUCAAGUCUCUUGCAGCCGCCAUCCAAGUGCUGCACAAGACAUAUCGGGUUCCACACGUGAUAAUCACAUCUCUGCGUCUGACGCGCGACAACCAAACAGUGCCAUCAAGACCAGUCUCCAAACCGGGUACAGGCACGCACACGCCUUUGGAAGGGCAAUCGACAGACGCAGCAGCACCGACAUGCAUGCCACAAGCAGCACCAGCGCAGAAUCCCGACGACGACGACGACGACGACAUCCAAAACCUGACCAUUAUCGGCUCCACAGCAACGUCAGACUACACGCCACGCCUCUUCCGCAUCGACACGCCCCAGCUCCCCCUCUUCUUCUCGGGCACCGGCGACAUGUUCGCCGCACUCACCAUCCCACGCCUCAUUGAAGCCGUGCACGCAGCCUCAACACCAGACGCAAAUGUAGCCGCAACGCCCAGCUGGCGCUCGCCCGACUCGGUGCCGCCCACGCAGCUCCCGCUCGCCAAAGCCUGCCAGAAAGUCCUCGCCUCCAUGCAAGCCGUCCUCGCAAAAACUACCACGUCGUGUCUGCGCAAAAUGGCUGAUUACGAUGAGCGCGCUGCUGCUGCUACUACUACUACUACUCCUUCCGACGCCUCCCCAGAAGCCAGGCGCGACGCCGACAAGAAACGCCAUUUGGCGCUUAUGAAUGCCAGCGAGGUCGCCGUCGUCAGGUACGCGAGCGAUCUGCAGGAUCCACCCAAUGUAGAUAGGUUUGCGCCGCAGGAGGUGCGUGAGGGCGGCGGCUUUGGUGCCUAGGAGUGUGGGCGAGAGAGAGAGAGAGU